AUGGCUAGCGGAGAUGCCACCCUCUUUGAGGAGUCCUUUACCGUAAUGGAGUACGAUCAGUCAAAGUAUGAUCGUGUCGCACGCAUUCAUUGCACAUCGGCCGACUCGCAGACCAUCAUGUCGCUCGAUAUCAACAUCGAACUAUUCCCUUGUGUCCGUGGUGACUCUCUGCACGUCGUUUUGACAACAACGCUAGCUCUGGAUGGAAGCAAGGAGGAGGAGAAGGGCUGGCGGGACGUUGGUAAGGGUGGUGAUGCGCCAGCCACGAUUGCCGACCUCUACGACUAUGUGUGCCAUGGCAAAAUCUACAAGUUCGAAGAGACAUUCGAUGGAAACACCAUCAAUGCCUACGUUUCGUUCGGUGGUCUCCUCAUGUCGCUCCAGGGCCCUGUCAAGAAGCUGACUCCGCUCCGCGUCGACAACGUCUACCUUCUUGUCAAGAAAUAA